AUGCGCCAACGCCUGCAUACGUACGUGCGUGCGUGCGUGCGUAUGCGCGCGCGCACCGCAGCUGUCCCGCCGCCGCUGCUGCUGGGGUGCCGGCACCGCGCCGCUUCGGGGCUCGGUGGGGGCGCGGGUGGCUCUAGGGAGACUACUGAAGAGCAGGAGUUGGGUUGCUCUGGGGAGGAGAACAAGCUGAGAGCUGUGGGCAGCCUCGGUGUUGGCAGAGUCACGCACACGGCACAGCCCCGCACGGCUGGAGCGCGGCAGGCGGAGCGCUGGCGCGUUUCCUCAGCCACCUACAGAAGGUGUGAUUGGUUACAGCUGGGAAAGGCGGUGUCCGUCCGUGGGGACGAGUCCCGCCUAGCGCCGGGCAGGAGCAGCCCCGAGCCCGGCUCUGCAGGGGGCGCCGCGGGCGGGAGGCGGGGCCGGGAGGAGCCCGGUGCCGUGUCCGGUGCCGUGUCCGGUGCCGUGUCCGUGUCCGGUGCCGAGUCCCGUGCCGCGCCGGGGGCGAGGGAGCGGCCCCGGGGGGAUGCACCGCCUUGCUGCGCCGCCGGUGUGAGGGAAGGGGAGCGGCCCCUUCCCCGCCAGCCCCGGGCCAUGGCGGCCCCCGGAGUCCCUGGAGAAUAUGAUGUGCUGAUUGUGUAUGCAAGUGACGCCACUGAGUGGUGUCAGUACCUCCAGAACCUCUUCCUCUUCACUCGGCAUGUUCAAAGGCAUCGGAUUCUGAGCUACCAGCUGGAAGACGACUCUGCCAUCUCCCAUGAGGAGCUGGAGCUGUUCAGCAGAAGUCGGAGUAUCAUCCUUUUGCUGUCUGCUGAGCUGGUGCAGAGUUUUUACGUUCCUCACAUCCUGCAGAGCCUUCAGGAAGCUUUAUGGCCCCCGUGCAAAGUAGUCAAGCUGUUCUGUGGUGUUACAGACUGUGAAGACUAUUUGACUUUUUUCAAGGACUGGUAUCAGUGGCAAGAACUCACAAAUGAUGAUGAGCCUGAUGCUUACCUUGCAGCUGUCGAGAAGGCUAUUUCAGAAGACUCAGGCUGUGACUCUGUGACUGAUACAGAAACAGAAGACGAGAAGAAUCCAGCUGACUCCCAGAGACUUGCCAUGAGUGAAGAACAUGAAUCAUCCAGGAGCACUGGGGACCAUCCAGUGGUGCAGCCCAACCGCAUACAAUGUGGGGUGCAGACAACAGUUUAUAUUAUCAUGAAAUGUAAACUAGAUGGUGAAAUGAAAACUGAAGUUGAAUUUUCUCCAGAGAAUGCAUCCUCUGUGCGUGUGCUGGCUGAGAUGGAGAAUGAGUACACAAUCUCUGUGAAGGCUCCAAAUUUAACCUCUGGGACUGUGCCCCUGCAGAUAUAUUCAGGGGACUUGAUGGUGGGAGAAACAAGUGUCACUUACCAUACUGACAUGGAGGAAAUCAGCAAUCUGUUGGCUAAUGCAGCCAACCCUGUACAGUUCAUGUGCCAGGCCUUUAAAAUUGUGCCAUACAGCAUAGAAGCCCUGGACAAGCUGUUGACUGAGUCACUCAAGAAGAACAUUCCUGCCAGUGGUCUACACCUGUUUGGAAUCAACCAGCUGGAAGAAGAAGAUAUGACAGCAAAUCAGAGGGAUGAGGAGUUGCCAACACUGCUUCACUUCUCUGCAAGAUACGGGCUGAAGAACCUUACUGCCUUGCUGCUUACAUGCCCUGGAGCACUGCAGGCCUACAGCGUAGCCAACAAGUAUGGCCACUAUCCAAACACCAUAGCAGAAAAGCAUGGCUUUAAGGAUCUCCGCCAAUUCAUUGAUGAAUAUGUGGAAACUGCAGAUAUGCUGAAGAGUCACAUUAAGGAAGAGCUGAUGCAAGGGGAGGAGGAUGAGUCUGUUUAUGAGUCCAUGGCUCAUCUGUCCACUGAUCUGUUAAUGAAGUGUUCCUUGAAUCCAGGCUCUGAUGAAGAGCUUUAUGAAUCCAUGGCUGGAUUUGUCCCGGGUGCCCCAGAAGAUCUUUAUGUAGAGAUGCUUCAAUCCAAACCAGACACUCCAGUUGCUGGAGAUGAAGUUUCUAUAACUACAAAAGACUCAAUGCUCCGCAAAUUUUUAGAAGGUGGUAGCAUGGAUGUGCCAGAUGCUGAGGAAGGAGGUCAUGAGCAGUAUGGUGAAGAUGUGUACUACUCAGUGGAACAAGACCCUUUUCCACAGGAAAUGGUUAACAGACCUCCAGUUCCUGUACCAAGACCAGAAUCUAGCUCUCCACAGCCAGACAAUGAGCUGUACAUCUCCAAAAUUUUUGCACAGAAGGCUCAAAGACCUGAGAAUCUUUAUGUUCCUAGAGGAAGAAUUAAGAAAGAGACAAUAGUCAGACCUGUGAGAGACCUAUCUCAGUCAAGUAUAUAUGAUCCAUUUGCUGGAAUGAAAACCCCAGGUCAGCGGCAGCUGAUUACAUUACAGGAGCAAGUGAAAAUGGGCAUCCUCACUGUGGAUGAAGCUGUACUUCAUUUUAAGGAGUGGCAACUGAACCAGAAAAAGAGAUCAGAAUCAUUCCGGUUCCAGCAGGAAAAUCUGAAACGUCUGCGAGACAGCAUAACCAGGAGGCAAAUGGAGAAACAAAAAAAAGACAAAAGUGCAGAUUUGGAAAUUACAGUACCUAUUCGACAUUCUCAUAAUACUUUGGGGAAACCAGAAUGUGCAAUAUAUGAAUACACCCCCAGGAAAAACUUUUUUCCACCAAAAAAGGAGUUAAAACGAGGAGACUGGAAAACAGAAAGCACAUCCAGCACAACAAGUAGUGCAAGUAACCGCUCCAGCACUCGGAGUAUAUUGAGUGUCAGCAGUGGGAUGGAAGGGGACAGUGAGGACAGUGAAGUCCCAGAAACGGCAAGGAGCCGCAGCCCAGUUCUUCACCAAGUAGAGAGGCUUCCUUUCCCAGAAAGGCCUCCCAGAGUGCCCCCUCGAGGUGCAAGCAGGCCUGUAAGCUGUGAAGGCUUUUAUCCUCCACCUGUGCCCCCAAGAGGUCGCUGAAUCUCUCAACAUCUGUAGAAUAUGAGAUUUUUUUUUCCUGUUUAUAUAUGUGUUUGUACAGAUUUUUUUGGGGCUGUUUUAAAUUAUUUAUAAGUGGGACCCAAAUGAUUUCAUCCCCUUCAUCCUCCCUGAAGCUCUGGUGACUUUUCCCAUGAUUUUCACUGGGACUUCUUGACAUUCUAUAACUUUGUUUGAGUUAGAAGGAUUUUGGUGCUUUGGGACUUCAAGAAAAGGUGCCAUCAUUGAGAAGAACACUGAUGUGUGUCUUGGGAGCUCUGCACCAACAUGAAGAUGCCAUUUGAUCAAGAAAGCACAUAGCACAUGUGUCCUUUUAGGAAUUAAAUUUUGAUAAGCAUUGUUACCAAACCUCUCAAAUAUCUCAGUCUACCAGGGCUUGACUGGAAAACGUGCUUAAAAAGUAGACAAAAUAAGAUGUCUGAAAAAUGCUUAUUACAGCAGGAGCAGGUGAAUGUACUACUGCCUGGCAUAACAUUUUGGAUACAGUUGCAUACAGCCUAGAAAAUGCCUUUCCUUUUCCUGUUCCCUCCUUGAAGAGGAC